UGGACGUAUGCGAGCGAGCGAGCGUGUGUGGUCGCGUGGUUCUUCUGGUGGUUCUUGCGGCGUAGAUCCUAGCGAAGGAUAAAUCUUUCUUGCUGGGCGCCAAGAGCUACGAUAAGGCCGUGGUGUUCAUUUCUGUGUAUCCGUGUGUGUUUUUGUUCCUGCAAAAGUGAGUGAGUGCGGAUUGUGCCGUGCACGCAGAGAUUCGUGGAAUUCGUGUUUUGUGACAACGGUCCUGCGGAGUGAAGUUCCGGUGUAGUGUAGGCGGCUGGUUCGCUGGUCGCGUGAUCGCGUACCCUUUUGCGUUCCGUCGUGACCUUCGGUAGUAUCGAUUUUUCCCGGCCAAACAAAACGGGACCGGCAUAUCGGCAGGGGACCGGCUGGAAGGCAUAAAAGGAAAAGGCGUCACGAGACCCAGGUCCGUCCCUGGUACCAGGAAGCUAUUUCGAUGAGCGCAAAGCGUGGGCGCAAAGUGCAUUUUGACUUGAAGUAGGCAGUGGAGCGUGUCCUGGCUGCAGUGUUUUGUUGGUAACCCGGAGCCAAGCGGUGUGAGCAAAAGUGCAUUCCCAGUAGCCCGGUGUCGUUGAUUGUUCUGAGAAUUUAACUGAAACCCCCACGGGAAGGUGGAAUGGUUGCGUGACAAGUGACGAGUUAUUGAAGUGUACAUUCUGCGGGUGUUCGUCGAAAAAAGUGAAAGAUUUUCAAAAGAGAAAGAUUAGUGAAGUUCACGUUGUAGUGUCGAAUACCCAGAAGAGUGCGCGUGCGAGUUUAUUGUGCAGGAUAAAAGAAAAUCUACUUGGCAAAAAAGAUCAUUAAUCGCAGGAUCACACUUCCGGUAGAGGGUCCCAUUUGCUGUUAUCGGAUUGGCACGACAAUAAAGGGGCUAUAAUUUCAAUUGAAUCUCAGGGUCAAGAACGAUUCCAGAUCGGAUUAGAGUGGCGCAGCGACGCCUUCCGGCAUCAUAGCCACCAUGAGCACCACCACAUAUCGACGGCAACCGAAGGCUCUGCUGCAGAACACGUAGCGUAGCGCAGUCGAUCGGAACAGCGAGGACAAGAGAUGCUACAUUAUUCAUUUCUCGUGCACCACACACUACUGCACUCAUCCACUCACACCUAGUCUCUUGUGAUGUCAAACACAGUGGAGAAACAUCAUUAGUUGUAAAACCCUCGGUCGGAGCAGCUCCUCCAGUGUAGAUUGACUUCACCUUCUGGUCUGCACACCUGGUGGUAGGUGUUUGAAUUAUUCCUACAUUUUUGAAAUAUUCAAAGAGGAAGCAAGACUUCUGCAACGCUCACCAAACCUGCAGUGCUGUGGUGCGGUGUGGUCGUAGUGCAGUAACAGGAUGUCGAUAACUGGGUCGCUUGUAGGGUACGAGAACGGUGGCGACAUUACGAUGGUGUCGUCGAAGAAGAAUCGAUCGCUGCUCAACAUUACCGCCACCUCGACCGCUUCGUCGAAACAGUGCCAGAGCCUUAACUCGAGCAUCUCGCACAGCAGCGUGGUGCUGACGAGCAGUAACACAACGGCCACCGCACAGUACGUCGGAAACUCGGGCUCACUGCGGCGACAGGUGACGGGCCUGGGUGAUCCCUGCCCGGGGAAGCAUAGACGUCGCCGGCUACACCUCAACACCCUGUGGUCGAUCUGGUACGGCAUACUGAUAACACUGCUGCAGGGUUACCUGAUCGUCCAGGGCACACACCGGUACAUUGGGCUGUCGGCGCUGAGCUGGAAGUACGACAAACCGACGACGGAGCUGGACAUACAGAUCGUGUUCUGUGGGCUGGUGGUGUUGUUCCUACCGCUGCUCCUAGCCUCGGCACUGUUCCGCGUUGGCAAUCUGGCCAAUGAUGGCAUGAAGCUGGCAUCCGGGACGAAACUUUGGCCAGGAGCAACAUCUUCCACCGGGCACGAUGGUCUGGAAGAGGAAGCCUUCGAGGGAACGCUUCGCUCACUCUGGAUCCACGGUGGGCCCACUUCCGCCUUCAUACAUAUCAUCACUGCAAUCUGCCUGCUUUUGCCCCGACUCCUGUUGGAGGCAAAGGUAAUCGAAAAUGGACUCCUGCCGCGAGAAAAUGUUUGGCGUACGGAUCUCGACUUUAUGGUGACGCACAAUGACCGGUUGGUGGUGCUCUCGUUCAUGACCUCCUCGCCGACGUACCCGAACGCCACCACAACGGCACGACCCCCGUUGACCGAUCUCGAACGGAAGCUGUACCGGAACGGCUACUUCGAGCAGAGCGAUCUGGUGGAAAAGUUCUCCAACUACGACGGCGACGACGAUGACGACGAUGACGACAUCGAUGUCGAUGAAGCCUUCCGGACACACGAAGCGCUCGAGAUGGGCCGUGGCAUACCGAUCGACAUCCCGACGAUGGAGAGUCCGAACCCAACGGCACGACAAACUUUGCCCCCGAUAAGGAACCUUCUAACGACAACGACAACAACCACGACCACCACCACCACCACGAUGAUGCCACGACACCGAUCACCUCCGGCCACCGCGGCUUCCUCCACGAUAGCGUACGGAUUGUCCAGUGCCGAGGGUACGGGCUCGACCUCCGUUGGUGGAAGCAGCCGUGAAAGUCGCCGAAAGGCAAGCAACCGAAAGAAAACCAAGGGACAUGGCCACGGACAGCAGCAUCACCACGGACACCAUGGGCACCAGCAGGAGCACUCACGCCACCGCUACGGUGAAGACAUCGAUGCACGGCUCGAACUGGAAGAGCAACGGGAACUGGACUGGUCGUUACUGAACCAACCGGACGGCGCUCCAACCCUAAUCGAAUCACCGUCGAUCGGUUCUGGGUCACCGAGUGGCAAGAAAACUGCCCCGAAAGGCAAACCAACGAUGGCCAGUGCAGUGACCCCCGGUGGUACACCGAAAGCUACCACUCCAAAGCGUCCAUCGACGACGACGACAAUGGCCGGGCCAGUGACCGAAGUAGGGCGCACCGGUGGGAAACCUCCUCUCGCUGCCACCAAAGACAGUGACAUCCACGUGCUGAAACCGGUCAAUCUGCCCGAGAACAUCGUACCCUCGACUCCCGUCACGACGGACUCGAAGAUCAUCGAAAUUAAACCGAGCAGCACCGGAAGUAGCAUGGCAGUUGGGAGUUCCUCCUCCGGGAGGAAGAGCAAACGAUCGGACCCCAUUGGACCGGAGAGCUUCAGCAGCGAAAGCCUGGAAAGCAUCGAAAGCAUCCCGAGUGUGGAUGAGGAUGAGUUCAUCAUCAAGGACGAGCAUGGGAUGGAGAUCAAACCGGCCUUCCUCAUCGGUACCGCACCGGGCAAUCUAACGUUCCGGCAGAACGAACUGACCGGCUUUCCGGCCCUGCUGGCGGCACUGUUUGGUAAACCGAGCGAUCGUCACUUUACCGCCAGUUCCGUGUGGGCCACGGUGCCGGCACUGGAGUUUGUGAACCUUGCGAUCGCACUGACCGUCUGGGCUGUACGCUAUCCGUCCGUGUUCUGGCACACGUCGAAGUCGUUCGCUUGUCUCUUUAGUCUGCAAAUGAUUGCGAACGGGGCCGACAUUCUGUUGAGCUUUGCCGGUGCGAGCGUUCUGUAUAAGUUGCAAACGCUCGGACAAGCGUUGCCGCUACAGGCACCGGCACUCAUCCUGAACGGUACGGUAACGAUCGCCCUUACCAUGCUGGCGCUCGUCUUGACGAUCGCUUCCUCGAUGGUGUUGUAUCUUUAUGGCCACGGUAAACUGACGGCAAGGGUACGCGAUCGACGAAUCAUUACGGCCAAGAACAGUGCGGACGUUUGGGCUUACUUUGCACACUGCUCGUCGCUCUGCUUCGUGUUGGCGCUGGCCGUCGUGAAGGCACCACUGAUGCACGAUCUUUGCGCAACGUACCGAGGUAGUCUGGAUGGUGCCGUGCUGGCUGCUGCGAUGGGUUCCGUGUUGCAUCUGUUCCUCUGGAUUGUCCUGUGGUUGGGACUGACGGCGAAACGACGCUGGCACUUCAAGUUACCGCCACUGGAUGGCGGAAGGUUUGGUGGCCCCAGCACUGCUGGAACUGGUCAACUUGGACCAGCCGGUCAACCGUUGCUACGUGGUAAUGGAAGUCUCCGGUCACCACACGGUGGUGUAAUGGAACCGGGCCAUUUGCCACCACCGGGCGCUGGCACCAGUUCCGGUUCGGGUGGGGAAGAGGAAACGAUCUACUGGCCCAAGAUUGCACCGAAUUCACCGAAGCUGAAGGUUACGUUCAACGAAGUUACCAGUACGUCCUCCACUGCUCACCCUCCUCCACUUCUCGGUCCACACGAACACGGCAAGCGCAAUCCGCCCGGUGGAACCGCGCUACGUAUGUCCGGUGUUACGGGGGAAGUUGAUGAAGGAGACUAUGCUACGCUAAGGGCCGGGCCGGCCUGUGGUGAUCUGCUGCAUCUCGGCCCGUACGAACAUCCUGCCCCGUCCGGAUCACCACCGCCGCCGCCUCCACCACCGCCACAGCUGGACGAUUGUGAUCUGCUGGAUGAGGCCAGCAACAGCAACACCCUAGUCGGUAGCAUCAAUGCAGACCACGCGGACGACACGUCGGAGGAGGGCAAACUGUUGGCGUGCGUGCGCGAUGACAGCGUGACGUACGCAUCGACACGCGAUCUCGAACCACCGAUCAACCGAACGGUGUCACGGGAAACGUUUAUGCGCUCACCGGAACAGCAGCAGCCGCAACAUCAGCAGGUCUGCAGCCCCCUAGCCCCCGUCACCGUUACCGUCCACAACCAUCACGAGAACACUGGUCCCGGCUCAACACCACGCUGCAUCAGGCGAGCGGACUCGGGCAUGCCAACGGAAGCGCUAACACCUCGCUCGGACUCCACCUCAACGGAGAGCUCCACAUCACCCCCCGACUGUCGGGACGCACCGUCGGAAACAUCGAGUGGAGUACACUCGGGCGAGGAGCGGGAUGAGGUAGUGAUAAGGCCCCGCUCGGGCCCAUACAAGUCCGUAAUCAAAGCACCACCACCACCGGCCAUCCAGG